CAAGUUCCAUAGUUGGCGUGUUGUUGGUGCUCGGCUGGCUCGUUGUCAUCAUGAUUGGCGUACUCAUUGGUUCUGAGUAAAUUUAGCAGUUUAUAUUAAUUUAAAAAGCGUCUACUUUACAGGUGUUUGUCAAACAGGUCAAACAGGGGAUCGCCACUCCACCAACAAGUCGUCUACAAUGCCGAAAAAAUUUGGCACCAACACGAAGUCAGCCGAAGCUCGUGCUAAAAAGGAAGCCGUCAAGGUAGCUGACAAAGAGAAGAAAGAAAGGCAAGCAGAGGAAGCCCUCUGGGCGGACGAUGACAAGCACAUAGCCAGGAAACAGCAAAGAAAGGAGGAGAGAGACAAGAAGAAAACGGAGCAACUUGAGAAGAAGGCAGCACUGAAGCAGAUGUACGAUGAAGAGAUGAGCAGCAUCAAGUCCGUGAAAGCACGACCUGAGAAAGUCACAAGGGCAGACAUUGCAGCGUUGGCCGAAAGGCAACAGAAGGCACAAAAGGACCCGCAGGAGUUGCUGCUGCAUGAAAAGCCCUUGGAAGAAAAUAUCAACCGAGUCUUUGUUGAAAAUGAAGCACGGACUGUUGAAGAAGCAAUUGCUGUGCUAAGUGUGAAUGAUGGGCCAGUGGACAGGCAUCCCGAGCGGAGGGCCAAGGUAGCCUAUGACGCCUUUGAGAAGCAGAGGCUUCCAGAACUUAAGGCCGAGAACCCGAACCUGCGGCUCUCUCAGCUAAAACAAAUGAUCCGCAAGGACUGGAUGAAGUCUCCUGAAAACCCCCUCAACCAGAUACAGGCUGCCUGCAAGAUCUGACAGCAGUAUGGGCCACAUCUCUUGGCUACACGUUCACGCACUUUUCUGGAUGAAGGUGCAUAGCUUUUUGUUUAACUGAUAAGGUGCAAGUUGCUCAGCAGUGGACUGGUUCUGCUGGGAUGAUGUCAUCAAUGUCAUGGUUCAGUCAUUGGAUGCUAGGGUUUAAAGAAAGGUCUUCAGGAUUUUAGUGUCCACCGUAAGCACAGUUAUAGCAUCAAUAUGUGAACUUUUAUUUCUUGCUGUGAUCAAUUCAUCUUUUGUAAUGCCUACAACAAAAAAACUUGAGUGAGUGAAAUUCGUGCCCUAUUUAAUUGAUGCACUUCGAUGGUGUUCAAAUUUAUGAAACUGAACAUGACGAUUGCCCCAAGUUGAGCAGCUGUGAGCUUGUCACGAAGACUCAUUGGUGCCACAUGUCACGGCAAGCUACGCUGGCUGUUUUGAAAGAGCUACUGGAAUCGUCCACAGAGUUCUGGGAAUUAUGCAUGAAUUUGGCAAAACCAAAUCUGCCAGAAACAAAAGGCAGCGCGGCCGGAUCUCGGUAGAGCUUAUCACGCACUGCUGGCAGAAGUCACGCAAACCACUCUUAAGACAUCUAAGUAAAUAAACUCUCUGACAGUGGAGUAAGAGCAGUUCACUGUAGAGUUAGUAGAAAAUGUGAACCCAUUCCGAAUUGACCAGUGGAAAGGCAGUUUUCUGUCACAUAGUGAAAAAAGGAGCAUCCCCUCAACCGACCAGUAGAAUAUAGUACCUUUGGCCAUCGAUUGUUAAGGUUUUUAAGCACUCCUUCGAAAACAGGCAUCUAACUUAUGCGCACUUUUAGUCUUGCUGUGUAAUUUACUGUGAUGACCUUGCCCUGGUUUAGUUAUGUACAGCAACUUUAAUGAAUGUGGAAACGAUUAUGCAGUGUAUUCACUGUUUAUAUAUAAAGUGGUGAAUUGAUGCCUCUAGGAAAGAGAAGCAGCAGCAGCAGCUUUUGCAGAUUUCUAGUUGGUGCUUCAUUUUAACCUUGCAUUGAAUGGAUGUGAUGGAGAAAAAUAAAAGCAGGAGCACUGUGUGCUUUCCUUAAGAAACAAGA